AAACACCCUCAAACAAAGCAAAUCAAAAAACCCUCUAUAAUUUCAACAGUAUCCAAAUAAUGUCUUCCUCAAGGUCGAUUAAAAAUUCAUGUUCAUUCCCUUUACUUCUCCUUUCUUGCUUAAAUUUCACACUCUGCAUCCUCUCGUUGGCGUCAAUCGCGCCCGUAAUUCUUCUUAAAACGCCGCCAACUUCGCUAGGUUUCGCACUUCUAACAGUUUCUUGCAUCUCGCUUCUUUCGUCUUUUAUCGGCUUCUACUCCCAAUGCAAUCAGUUUUUCUUCAUGACCCACAUUUCGCUUCUCUUCGCCUCUUUAGUCGGUCAAGUGUUGAGUAUUUUAGCAUUGUUUACGAGAGAAAGCUCGAGUCUUUCAAUGCUUAAAUCGCCCCGAGACCCGAGAGAAGCAAAGGUUUUAGUGAGAUUAGAAUGUGGGAUCUUAAUGGCAAUGUUGAUAAUGCAAUUGGUGGUUUUAGCAAUGAGUUGCAUAGUGCAUAGCUGUUGGGUUAGAGAGUAUGCAGGUUUAGAGAUAGAGAGAGAAGCUACUGCUAAGAAGAGAAGUAGAAGAAUUGCAAGAGUUCAAGAGGAAUCAAUGGCUAAUGCUGCUAAAAUUGCUGAGGUUAAAAAUAAAGAAUUUGAUGCUAAAAUGGAGAAUAAGUAUGGAAAGUGGACUAAAACUGAAUUUGAAGGAUGAAUUUGGUUCAUUUGAUUUAGACAUUUUAAAUAAUGUGAUUUCUCAUAUUAUGUACUUGUUUUGUCUUUUUUUCUUCUUUUGCUUUUGGGUCACUACUGUAGUGGCUAUUGUAUAGUAUUGCACCAUAAUGUGUUGUUUGUUUCUCAAGAUAUUUGAAUUUAUUCCCAUUUGAGUGAAA